ACUCCAACUCCCGUGAUGCUUAGCGGCGCAACCGGAAAAUACGGCAUCACGCUGCUGGCCCGCUCAGCUGUCAGACUUUGGCCACCCUAAAAAGUGCAGCUUCUUUUUUUUUUUUUUUUUCCUUUUUUUUUUUUUUUUUUUGUUAGCAAACUUACUCGAAGUGUGCAGACCGCGGCUGCCUUCAAUCGGAACCGUGCAUCUGGUUGCCAAUCGCCCGCUAAGCGUUCGCCUUAGCAGCCGGAGGCGUUCGGAGCGCGCGAAGACGACAUAUUUUAUUACAUUUUUUUUUUUUUUGCCUUCAUUGCUGCUGCUAUUUUUUUUUCCCCCUCUUGCACGAGCAGCCUGCGAUCCUGAGCGGGCGUACGGGUUCGAUGCGGGGAGGGAGGGAGUAGAAAAAGGCAAAAAGUCUUUGUGCUUCCCUUCCCCCUCAUCAAAGCAAAGGGGAAAUGUCUCUGUCCAAAGGAGGGAAGAAGAAGAACCCCGGGCUGAAGCUGGCCAAAGAAGUCUUCGCGCAGCCGCCACCAGCAGUAGCAGCGCCCCCUCGAGAUCUCGACUCUAAAGCGUGCGUCACAAUCGGAGACCAGAACUUUGUGGUGAAGGCGGAUGACUUGGAGCAGAUUGCCGAGCUGGGCCGGGGAGCGUACGGCGUCGUGUACAAGAUGAGACACGUGCCCAGCGGCGUGAUCAUGGCGGUCAAGAGGAUUCGAGCCACCGUCAACACGCUGGAGCAGAAGCGGCUCCUGAUGGACUUGGACAUCUCCAUGCGCACGGUGGACUGCUUCUUCACCGUCACCUUCUACGGCGCCCUCUUCAGAGAGGGCGACGUUUGGAUCUGCAUGGAGCUGAUGGACACUUCCUUGGAUAAAUUCUACAAGAAGGUCAUUGAGAAAGGCAAGACCAUACCCGAGGACAUCCUGGGCAAGAUCACCGUAGCUAUUGUCAAAGCAUUAGAGCACCUGCACAGCAACCUGUCAGUCAUCCACAGAGAUGUGAAGCCCUCCAACGUUCUCAUCAACACUCAGGGCCAAGUGAAAAUGUGCGACUUCGGCAUCAGCGGCCACCUGGUGGACUCCGUGGCCAAGACCAUGGACGCCGGCUGCAAGCCGUACAUGGCGCCCGAGCGCAUUAACCCGGACCUCAACCAGAAAGGUUACAGCGUCAAGUCGGACAUUUGGAGUCUCGGGAUCACAAUGAUCGAGUUGGCCAUCCUGAAGUUCCCCUACGACUCGUGGGGAACGCCCUUCCAGCAGCUCAAGCAAGUGGUGGACGAGCCGUCUCCCCAGCUGCCGGCGGACCGCUUCUCGCCGGACUUCGUCGACUUCAUCUCGCAGUGUUUAAGAAAGAAGCCCAAUGAGAGACCAGCUUAUACAGAAUUAAUGAAACAUCCGUUCUUCACCGUGCAUGACUCCAAAGAGACGGACGUGGCCACGUUCGUCGAGGUCAUCCUGGACGACUGAUGGCCGGGGGCCCUCUGAGUCUCGAGGAGGCGCCGCCUCUCUGUCAACGCUCCGAUGGUCUACCCCCCCCCCCUUUUUUUUUUUUUUUUUUUUUUUUAAAACAAGAAAAUGUCGAAAUACAAACCCGCCCCAGCUACUGGAAUGACAGACACUCACCUGACGACUGACGGACGGCAGCACUGGAGCAGGAGGGCGCUUCAUAAAGCAACUGGAGAGGUUUGACUCAAAUGAAUAUGAACUUUUUGUGUGUGUGUGUGUUUGUCGCCCAUUUACAGAGCCAGCCAUUUGUCUUUGACUUGAUUUCCAAUCGUUUUCGACAUUUUUGUCUUUUAUCCGAAGCUCUAUUUACAUCAUUUGCAUCUCUUCAUACUGUAUAAUGUCGACGCGUGCGUGUGUGUGACCUGCUCGGAUCGCCUCGGCGCCCCAAAGGUGACAAAACGAGGAGCGAUAUCUCGGCGGCGCCGUCCGAGCCCGCCCCGGCCGGACUCGGGUCCUCCGCUGUUGCUAUGGAUACCACCUGGAAGUAUUCCAGGGUCACAAUCUGGCUCACAUCUGUGUGCCAGCAAAUUGUCUCUACAUACUAUUGUUGUAUGUUUUUAAAAUAUUUUGACCUGCAUUAUAAUUUUAUUUUUUGAGGGUUGCAUUUAAAGAGAGAGAAUCUUUUUGGCUUAUUUUUUUCCUCAAGUGUGGAGUCUCUUCCAUGUGGGGCACUGAGGAUGUGUGACAAUAACGAAGCCAGACUGAGGGAGGCCCACUCAUAACUGCUGACAUCAUCUGUCUGACAUUAUGCGCUGUCAUUCCCGUCUCCUAAUUUGCUCUCAGUGCUUCUUUUUCAGGUCUCAAUUCAUCUCUGUGCUUCUUUUCCUUGUCAGUUCUUCACGCGUUGACUGUGCGCUUUAUAUCGUGUCUAGUGUUUCACAAAGCAUGAGAGGGGAAUUAAAAACACAGUGAAAGGCAGCCGUGUGCUUUGCAAAAUCCUGAAAAAGAAGCGCAAAUUCUGGUGUCUUGUGGCCUGUCGUCACAUGCUUCACAAAAUGCCUUUUGUGCACUAAAUCCUGGGGAAAAAAACAACGGGGAUUGAUCGUGACAGUCGUGGGCUACAUAUGAAAACCUGAAAAACAAUCCCAAUGUGGAGUUUGCAUGUUCUCUCCGUGCCCGCGUGGCUUUUCUCCGGGCAUUCCGGUUUCCUCCCACAUCCCAAAAACACUCUAAAUUGGCCUGUCGGUGUGAUUGUGAGUCCGGCGGUUUGUCUCCUAUGUGCCCUGCGAUUGGCCGGCAACCAGUCCAGGAUGCACCCCGCCUUCUGCUCGUUGACGGCUGGGACAGGCUCCAGCACUCCCUCGACCCUCGUGGGGAUAAGCGGCUAAAACUAUGGAUGGAUGGAUGUGUUAUGUGAAAGCCUGAAAAUGAAGCCCGUGAUAAUAAAGUGUGACAGAUGUGUGCUGCUCACAAACUUGAAGGAGAAGCCCAACGAUCUUAUCAGCAGUGUACUAAUGUGAAAGCCAGAAAAAAAAAAGCUUGACAGCGAUGUGCGAAACGGAAGCCUGGAAAAAGAAGCACAGCGAUUCAUCGUGCACAGCUGUGUGUGACAUAAAAAGCCUGAAGAAAAAAAAAAAAAAAAAAGCAUCUCGUCAAAGAAACUGCCGCGCACCGUCGUGGCUAAAGCGGUCCGCCAAUUUGCACCGUUUCAGUUUUGUUUCUUUAUUGUCACACAACCGUUUGCGUUUCUUUUCCUAGAGAUAAUAUUAUGCCUUACACACACACACACAUUAUGGUAGGGGGAAUAAUUUAUAUGUUGAAGAUGUAAAUACUGUCUCCUCUUUUUUUUUUUUAAAUGUAACACUGUUGGUGAACCUGACAGUGCAACAGAGUGGCAGAGUGUUUGGUAGUAGUAGUAGUUUUAAUGCAGUGAGACACGAGCAUACAGUACACACACACACACACACUCAUAUAUAUUCUCGCUGGGCCAGCCGACUGGCCUAUUUUGGAUGUGCUGCUCAGGUUUCUGCGCUCUUUCCUUGAGAGCUCGGCCCGCGUCUAUGCAGAGUCACGCAUCAGGAGGGCCGCGUGGUCCCCACCCACUCCCACUCCCACAAGUGUUCAUCGGCUCACCAUGUCAGUAGUGUUGCCCCGGAUUACACUGUCGUGCCACCUCUAUCAAAAUAUUGCGAAAGAAAGUCCGUGUAUUUAUAACAAUAAGGGAAAGUUGGCAACACCACAAACAAGCUGCUGUUUAUUUCCCCUCCUCUAAAAAAAAAAAAAAAAAAAGAAAAAUGGAGUUUUUGGACGGCCCUUCCCUUGAUGUGUCAAAGUGACGAUUUUUUUUUUUUUUUUACACGGAUCACAACGAGAAUGGAACACUUGCUCUACCUCUUACUUCUUCACUCUAUUUUGCCACCUCUUCAUUUGGUGGGACUGACAAACUUGAACUGUGGAAAGACAAAAAAACAACUAAAUAAAGGCUUUAUUGUUCAGGAUG